CGCUGCACUCUUCCAGAUUUCAGCCUAUAGACGCCAACUUGUGAUCGUGACCAAGAUGCCAAUUUGCUCGUCUUCAGAGCACCACAAAGAUCUUCGUUGUGAAGUGCGCUGCGAAUGACCUCCAUUCACGAAGCAUGGUCGCGUUCAGUGAGCAGACGCAUGGAACGCCCGAGGUUGACGACCAUGCAAUAGUGAGCUAUGGGAAGUUUUCUAUCUGUUUGAAUACGAUAGCAGGCAUCAAGGUCUUGAAGACCAAGUUGUCGUGCGGCGCAAGGUCUCUCAGCAAACAAGGACACAUAUUGCAGGCCAUUGUGCUAGUUUGCCGUCUUCUUGAAUCAACUGGCCAAUAUGAGAGAAAAGGGCUCGAUAAAAAAAGAGCAGCAGGCAAGCUGCUCAAGCGAAAAUGGCGCUUACGAGGGCAGAAGCACUCUUUAUGGGUAGCUGAGGGCUAUCAAAUCCAGUAUAAAUAGCUUCUAGAUUUGAUGAUGAGCGGAUGUUGGCC